UGAUAAAUAUGAUGUGAUUCGAUAAUAGUGUAUUUAUAUGUUUGCGCAAUGCACAUCAAGUUAAUUUAAUUAUAGAUUUAGACCAGUGUCUUGAAACAAAAUGAAGAAGGAUAGUUUUUGUAUCUAUAUUAAAAUAUAAAUUUUAUAAUUUCUUUGCAGUCAAAUAAUUUUAUAAAGGAAUACAACAACACGACAGAUCUACGUAGAUAUCAGUAAGAUAAAAAAUAAUAGAUAACAAAUCAAGUUUUGAGUAAUUCCUCUUGGGCAAAGUUCAUAAGCCUCUAUAUUAAUUGUUAUCAAUAUGGAGAAGCAUGAUGCAUUCUUACAAGUACAUUUAGAAAGACCUGUAUAUGAACAAGAAAGUUUAAAUGAAGAUUGUCAUUAUGAAAAACCAAAAGGGCUUUGCCUCCAAGAUGCAAUAUGUGAUUUAAAACAUAGAAACUGGAGAUCAUGUUUUACAUCUGCAAUUCCCUCAAUACAUUGGCUGAGAGAUUACAAUUGGAAAGAAAGUAUAAUGCCUGAUAUAAUUUCUGGUUUGACUGUAGCAAUCAUGCAUAUUCCUCAAGGCAUGGCUUAUGCACUUUUGGGGAAUGUACCUCCUGUAGUUGGAAUAUAUAUGGCAUUCUUUCCUGUCUUAGUGUAUUUUUUCUUUGGCACAUCUAGACAUGUGUCCAUGGGAACAUUCGCUGUGGUUUGCUUGAUGACUGGGAAAACAGUGGCAUCUUAUUCGGUAUCGCACAAUGAUAUUACAAAUCCAAAUGCUACAACUACAUUGCCCAAUUUGCCUGGAGAAUAUUCCUAUACACCAAUGCAAGUUGCAACAGCAGUGACACUCAUGGUUGGAAUAUUUCAGAUUAUAAUGUAUAUAUUUCGUCUGGGUAUUAUAAGCACAUUGCUUAGUGAUCCAUUAGUGAAUAGUUUUACAACUGGUGCAGCAGUCUGUGUUUUAAUAUCUCAAAUUAAAGACCUAUUUGGUUUGAAAAUACCAAGACAAAAAGGAUAUUUCAAGUUCAUUUUUACAUUGGUAGAUAUUCUUAGAGGAAUACAAAAUACAAAUUUAGCUGCUUUACUUAUAUCAGCAAUAACAAUUGCUGGUCUUGUACUUAAUAAUGAAUUUUUAAAGCCAUGGGCAAGCAAAAAGUGCAGCAUUCCAAUUCCAAUCGAAUUGAUUGCAGUUGUGAGUGGAACUUUAAUUUCAAAAUAUUUUUGUUUUCCUACCAUGUAUAAUAUUCAAGUUGUGGGUGAUAUUCCUACAGGAUUACCUGCACCAACAGUUCCAACAUUUCAACUCUUACAUCUAGUAGCAACAGACAGUAUUGCUAUAACUAUGGUUUCUUAUACUAUUACCAUAUCAAUGGCUUUGAUAUUUGCACAAAAAUUGAAUUAUAAAAUUAAUUCCAAUCAAGAACUUCUUGCUAUGGGUUUGAGUAACAUAACAGGAUCCUUUUUUUCAUGUAUGCCAGUAUCAGCAUCUCUAAGUAGAUCUUUAAUUCAGCAAACUGUUGGUGGUCGGACACAAAUAGCUAGCGUUGUAUCAUGUAUAAUAUUGCUUACAAUCCUUUUAUGGAUUGGCCCAUUUUUCGAACCUUUACCAAGAUGUGUUCUCGCAUCGAUUAUUGUUGUAGCUUUAAAAGGAAUGUUUCAACAAGCUAAUCAGCUUAUAAAAUUCUGGAAAUUAAAUAAAUGUGAUGCACUAAUUUGGAUUGCAACAUUCUUGACCGUCGUAAUAGUAAACAUUGAUAUUGGUUUGCUAGCUGGAAUAAUAAUAUCACUUGCAAUUAUUUUAUUGCAAAGUCUUAGUCCUUAUAUUUGUUUAUUGGGAUACAUACCAAAUACAGAUUUGUAUUUGGAUAUCAGCAGAUUUAAAGCGGCAAUAGAAAUUCCAGGAAUGAAAAUUGUUCAUUAUUGUGGAACUUUAAACUUUGCAAACACUAGUCAUUUCAAGACAGAAUUGUAUAAAUUAAUUGGAGUGAAUCCAACAAAAAUUAUAGAACAUAAAACUAAGUUAAGGGAAAAGGGUAUUUAUAUGGACACAGAAGAUUCAGAAGAUAAACAAGAAUUACGAUGUGUAAUAAUGGAUACGAGCGCAUUAAGUUAUAUUGAUUCUAGCGGUGUAAUUACUCUAAAUUCAGUAAUGAAAGAAUUUCAACAAAUUGAUGUACAUUUUUAUCUUGUAAGUUGUAGAACUCCCAUUUUUGAAACUAUAAAAAAAUGUGACUUGUAUUUACAUGGAACACUUACGUUUAAGAUUUUUGCAACUAUACAAGAUGCUAGAACAUACUUAGAAAAAGAAAUGUAUUCAAGAUAAUACAUGUAAUUUUGCCAAGCAGUUAUAAGUUAUAUUACGUUUAUAAGCAUAUACAUAGUAUUAAAUCAAAUUCAAAUUGGUUCUACAAAGUAUACAAUAACUAAAUUUGAAACUACUUUUUGCUUAUUUCAUAUUUUGUACUUAUGCUAUUUUAAAAAAUUAUUUUAAACAAUAUUUUUAAUAUCGAUUACAUAUUUAAAACAGAUCAUUUUUUAUAUACAAAGUAAGUAAAUAUCAAGACUUACUAAAGAAUUAGUACUUAUUUGUCAACAACUCUCUCUCUCUCUCUGUCUCUAUAUAUAUAUAUAUUUAUAUUUCUUAUUUUGUAUAUGAUGCUACUCAAGUUGUUACAUAGCUAUGCACACGUGACAAUAAAAUUUACGUCUAGCUUUUCAUACUUCGAUACUUAUAAGAUUAAGUUGAAACAUUAAAUGAAUUUUAUUAUUUUAGAAAAGUUUAUCGAAUUUUAAUAGAUUUAGUUUAAAGAUAAACUUAUUAAAGCAGAACAAAAUGUUAUGUUUCAGUCAUAAUCGAAAAAACUUAUUUAUAGAAAGCAGAUUAAAAUGUAUUUUUUGCUUGAUGUUCCAUAAUUGUAAUUACAUAUUUCAUUUAUAUGUACUAUAGAUACGUAUGUAUAUACAAUUGCAAGUACAAAUUGCAUUAAAUAUAUAUGUGCUAUAUUUUUUAUAUAGAUGUAUUUAUGUUUAUACAAAACUUGUAUAUAAUCGUAAAAUAUAUAGAUUAUAUUUGAAAGAUUUUAAUAAAAGAAAUAAGUAUUUAAUGUA